UUAAUAGGCCAUUUGAUAUCAUUGUAGAAUAUAAGGUGAUUCCAAAUAAGCCAAAAUCCAGGACCAUGAGAAAUUAUAAAUAGACCAGGCACCCAAAGAAAGCUAAAACUAGUCUUACCUAUACUAUGGGUCUUGGCCUAUAAGUAAGAAGCAACUACAAGUCUGACAAUCUGGCCAACAAAUUAAUAGAAUAUAUUUCAUUUUUUCUCAUUAUACAAGUGUCUAUAAAUAAGAAAUCUAGGUUAUGAAGUUUCUAAUUACUCAGCUUUUAUCCUUCUAGCAUUCAAGUUUUUAAGCUUCAAAUUGGCCUCCUUAUCUUUCCAAGAAGUCCAAAUGGACUCAAAACCGCAUCCCCUUCAUAUCUUCUUCUUUCCAAAGCUGGCUCAUGGAGAAUUGAUCCCAAUCAUAGACAUGGCUAGACUAUUUGCAAGGCAAGCCGGUGUGAAAGCCACCAUUGUCACCACUCAACUUAAUGCUUCUUUCUUCUCUCAAACAAUUGAAAGUGAAAGGAAGUUGGGCGUUGACAUUGAUAUUCACAUGAUAAAAUUCCCUUUCAUGGAGGCUGGCCUGCCAGAGGGAUGUGAGAACUUUAGUUCCACCACUUCACAAGAAAUGGGUCUUAAAUUCAUCAAGGCUGUUGUUAGCUUGCUUCAACAACCCCUGGAACAAAUACUUGAAGACUGCCGCCCCAAUUGUCUGGUGGCUGAUGCAGUUUUUCCAUGGGCUACAGAAGUUGCAAGGAAGCUAGGGAUCCCAAGGCUAGUUUUUCAUGGAACAAGCUACUUUACCCUCAGUGUCUUUGACAGUUUACUCCGCUAUGAGCCUCAGAAAAAUGUAACAUCAGAUUAUGAACCCUUUGAAGUGCCUGGCAUUCCAGACAAGAUAGAGAUGACAAGACUGCAACAACCAGAUGAACUCAGGGAAAGAGUCGAUGAUGAAAUAAAAAAGUUGAUGUAUCAAGCUUUAGAAUCUGAGAUCACAAGCUACGGAGUUAUCAUGAAUAGUUUCCAAGAGCUGGAACCUGCUUAUGUAGAACACUACAGAAAGGUUAUGGGAAGGAAGACGUGGUGCAUAGGCCCACUAUCUCUUUGCAACAGGAACACAGAGGAUAAAUCACAAAGAGGAAAUACAGCCUCUAUCGAUCCAGUUGAGUGCUUUAGUUGGCUAGACUCAAAGAAACACAACUCGGUUCUCUAUAUAUGUUUCGGAAGCUUGUCAUGCUUUUCAGCUGCUCAGCUUUAUGAGAUUGCUAAGGGUCUAGAAGCUUCUGGACAAGAUUUCAUUUGGGUUGUAGAGAAGAAGAUGAAUAAGGAAGACAAAGAAAAGUGGUUGCCAGAAGGAUUUGAAGAAAGGAUGGAAGGGAAGGGUCUGAUUAUAAGGGGAUGGGCACCUCAAGUGCUGAUUCUUGAUCAUGAAGCUGUUGGAGGGUUUAUGACUCACUGUGGAUGGAACUCAACCAUGGAGAGUAUCACUGCUGGAGUGCCAAUGGUCACAUGGCCACUCAGCAAUGAACAGUUCUAUAAUGAAAAGCUUGUUACAUUGAUACUAAAGGUAGGGAUUGGGGUAGGAGCCCAAGAAUGGUCUGAUUGGAUGGUAGAGAAGAAAUUGUUAGUGACAAAAGAAAAUAUAGCGAAGGCAGUGACUCAACUGAUGGUUGGUGAAGAAGCUAAUGACAUAAGAAACAGAGCUAGUGCAUUGAAAGAGAUGGCAAAGAGGGCUGUUGAAGAAGCUGGAUCAUCUCACUCCGAUUUGAAGGAUUUGUUAGAUGGAUUGAGAUUGAACAGCUCUCCAAGAGAACUAUGAAGAAUCUGCUAAAUGAGGAUUAAAGAUAUGAAUAAGCUCAAGCAUAAAUAAUCUCCAGAACCUUGUCUCUUCUCUUUCCUUUUAGUAAUUUCCUGGUUUUGUUUUUUCCUUGCUGAGCAAAGUUAAGUGAUUUUCAGUGGUUUAUCAUUCCCAGAGAUUGGCUAGAAAGCUCUACCCUUUUAGUUUCAUUGGUAAAUGAAAAAAGAAUGAUUUAACUGCUGGUUUCAAGAGCUGCCAUACUGUUUAAUUUGGAAAAUGAGUCAAAAAUCAAAAUAAAGCAGUUCCUGCCAGUUCGAUUCCACGA